ACGCGCACCAGAGAGGGGCAUCGCCCGUGUGCCCUCGCCCCGCUCCAAUCCCCUCCUCGCUCCAAUGGGGAUGGUCGCCGCCGCCGCCGCCGCCGCGUCCACGUCUCGCCUCCUCCUCCUCCACCACCGCGCCGCCGCUGGCUCCGACCGUCACCACCAGCACCAGCUCAGGUACGCCGCGAUCCAGUACCCUCUCUCGCUGCGCUGCGGCUCCGGCCGGCGUGGGGCGGCGGCCGGGGCGCUCCUGCCCGACCGUGUCACCCCGUUCUCCUACGGCGUGGACGAGGACGCGGAUGACCACCCGCGCGAGGAGUGCGGCCUGGUGGGGGUCGUCGGCGACCCGGACGCGUCGUCGCUGUGCUACCUGGGGCUGCAGAAGCUGCAGCACCGCGGGGAGGAGGGGGCUGGCAUCGUCGCCGUGGGCGGCGACGGCAAGCUCAAGUCCGUGACGGGGCUGGGCCUCGUGGCCGACGUGUUCGGGGACCCGUCCCGCCUCGCCUCGCUCCCGGGCCCCGCCGCCAUCGGGCACGUGCGCUACUCCACGGCCGGCGCCGCUGCGUCGCUGCGGAACGUGCAGCCGUUCCUGGCGGGAUACCGGUUCGGGCAGGUCGCCGUCGCGCACAACGGCAACCUCGUCAACUACCAAGCACUCCGGAACAAGCUCGAGGCCCGGGGUUCCAUCUUCAACACCUCCUCGGACACAGAGGUCAUCCUCCACCUCAUCGCGACGUCGCUGUCGCGGCCCCUGCUCGCGCGCGUCUGUGACGCGUGCGAGCGCCUCGCGGGGGCCUACUCGCUCCUGUUCCUCACGGCCGACAAGAUGUUCGCCGUGCGCGACCCGCACGGGUUCCGCCCGCUGGUGAUGGGCCGCCGCCGGAACGGCGCCGUCGUGUUCGCGUCGGAGACCUGCGCGCUGGACCUCAUCGACGCCACCUACGAGCGCGAGGUGCAGCCCGGGGAGGUGGUCGUGGUCGACCGCCGCGACAUGUCGGUGGCCUCGGCCUGCCUCGUCCCGCAACGCCCGCGCCGCGCCUGCGUCUUCGAGCACAUCUACUUCUCGCUCCCCAACUCGGUCGUCUUCUCCCACGCCGUCCACGAGCGCCGCACCGCAUUCGGCCGCGCCCUCGCCGAGGAGUCCCCGGCCCCGGGCGCCGACGUGGUCAUCCCGGUGCCCGAUUCUGGCUUCUACGCCGCGCUCGGGUUCGCGCGCGCGUCGGGGCUCGAGUUCCAGCAGGGCCUGAUCCGGUGGCACUACAGCGGCCGCAGCUUCAUCCAGCCCACGCAGGCGAUCCGCGACCUCGCCGUGAAGCUCAAGCUCGCCCCCGUGCGCGGCGUCAUCGCCGGCAAGAGCGUGGUGGUCGUGGACGACUCGCUGGUGCGCGGCACCACCUCGAGCAAGAUCGUGCGGCUGCUGCGCGACGCCGGCGCGCGCGAGGUGCACAUGAGGAUCGCGAGCCCGCCCGUGGUGGGGUCCUGCCUCUACGGCAUCGACACGCCGAGCGAGGGCGAGCUCAUCUCCAACCGGAUGGACCUGGAGGGCGUGCGCAGGGAGAUCGGCAGUGACUCGCUCGCCUUCCUGUCGCUCGGCAAGCUGCACGGCAUCUACGGCGAAGAAGCGGGGGACUACUGCGACGCGUGCUUCUCGCGCAAGUACCCCGUGUUGCCCACGCUGGCCGACCCGGCCGCUGAGCUCGAGGAGUGAGGCGGUGAGCAGGUGAGCUCUGCUGCUCCUCUGCUCUGCAUCGCCUGUACUUGUAGGUUGUUAGAUUCAGUUCUGGUUGGAUAAUUUUGUGCGCCUCAAGGCUGUAGCUUAAUUUGGUGAAGCAUUCUAGUAUCAUGUUGCCGAAGGAAUACUCAUCUUUCUGUUCCAUUAAGCUGAGUACCAAUAAGAUCAGAUGAUGAAGUGCUAACAUCUUGUCUGUGUAAAUUAGCUAUGCCAAAACCUGGGUAAUUCCAAAUUCAGUUCAAAGAAAAUGGCAAAAAUCACAAGGCCACCAGGGUUGUGCAUA